AUGUCUGCUGAAGACAUUGGUGUCUUCACCAUCGAGUUCCCGGAUCCCUUUACGCUGAGCUACUACAACGAAAAGUUCGAGACCCUAGACAGUAAUGUCUCCUUCCAAUACCCCAUCCUCGACGGUAUCCGGACCCUCUCUACCAAUGGCGCAUCCAAUGGCGACAAUCCAUACGGCAUUUUGUAUGUCCCCAACCUGACGUCGAACGACUGCAUCCAAGCCGAAAAGCACCAUGUGCCCGCCAACGCCACCCGUCGCAAGAACCUGCCAGACGUCGACUAUUCCCUUAUAGCAGUUGCCCCAUGGUUCUCCCCUACCUGCCAAGAAGAGUACUUUGCUGCUGCAAGGAGUUCGCCUGUCAAGGCAUUUUUCACCUAUCUACCCUCAAACAGCUCCGAAACUCCCCCUCUUAUUAGCGACCCGGCAUGGGGGCUUGGGGAUGGCGGUAGCUGGAAAUCGAAAAAUUCCUUCCCAGUGUACGCCCUGCCGGGGAUUACUGGAGCCAUCGUUAUGCAGCAGCUGAACUUGUAUUCUGGCAACAUAACAACUGUUCCUAAUGGGCGCGAACUGGUGGACAUAGGUUACCCUCCAUCGAGUUAUGUGCGGUUAUGGGCAAACGUUGAUACGGGAUCGGGCAGCCAGCUUCCCAGCCUUUGGGUAUUUCUGCUGGUUGUACUUGCAUUACUCUGCAUAAUUGCCGGGGGUUCAUCCUGUUUCCUGCACGUAUUGCAACGGAGACGACGAAGAGACCUCCGCACGCGUAUCGUAAACGGUCAAGUGGAUCUUGAAGCACUCGGGAUCAAGAAACUUACCGUCCCUCAGGAGUACCUUGACAAGAUGCCCGUCUAUAACUACACUCGUGAAGCUACUGCUGCCGAGGAGAAAGAAGAAGAACUACUCGUCGGUCCCCAGCCUCUACCACAAGCACGGCUAUCCCUAAAGCCGUCGCAAGUACCAUCCGAGUCUGGGAACCCCCUCGUCCGCCGAUCGUCUGCACCCUCUCCUUCCACGCCUACUGAGCACGCUCACCCUGCAUUUUCGCAGCCAACGUGCCCGAUUUGCCUAGACGACUUCGAGCCCAACGUAACGCCUAUACGCGAGCUACCAUGUCGACACAUCUUCCACCCGGAUUGCGUCGACACCUUCCUCCUGAACAAUUCCUCCCUCUGUCCCAUGUGUAAAAAGUCAACUCUACCAGAUGGCUAUUGCCCUGAUACCAUCACCAACGCCAUGGUCCGACGCGAGCGUUACAUCAGGCGGUAUCGCCAACGAGCGCAAUCUGGCACUCCACCAGAAGUAAACGCUUUCAUCGGACGAAUAAGGCGCUUGACCGGUCGUGGAAACAGGUCGUCGCAAUUCCAGACCGUGGCAAUGUCCCCACCAGCUCCAGCGCCAGCAGUCGCUACGCAGAGCGGAAGCAGAGGACACGGUUUCAUGAGUGGCAAUAUCUUUCAUGCGAUAUCAGAACGGCGAAACUUUAGCGCGCCUGUGCGUCCGCCGCCGGAUAUUGAAAUGGGCAAUGCACCGGUGCAACCCUCCACGAUACUAGAGAAUCACGUCGCAGCAACCGUCUCCUCAAUCGCAGAACCGCCGACGCUCUCGCCUUCCACAUCCCCAACCUGCGACCUGAUCCCAGCGAACUCGCAGACCCGCCGCGAAUGGGCGCGGCAGCGGGCAUUAGAGCUACUACGGAGCAGACAUUCGCCCGAGGUUGCAGCGCUCGAGGAAGCGGAGGCGCGGAGGGAACGCGGGUGGCGGAAGGUAUUGGGGAAGAUAUUCCCAUCCGCAUAAACCUAAUAUUGGAACCGCAUCGUGGAUAAUGAUUUUAAUGAAGGGGGGAUCCGCACUUUUCAUAUUAUUAGGCGUUCUUGGCUGAUUGG